CGCGAGAGCCGGCCCAAACCGAGCAAUGAGCUCGUUUAGCCAACUGGAGUCCCGUUUCUCAAGCGGCGGGUCUACUUCUCCAGGUCUAGCUCUGCUUUCCGCCAGCACCAGUAUCGCUCUCACAAAGUUUGUGCAAUACUUCGCGGUUUCGAGCAUAUCUUGCCGGAAUAGAUUAAGAUUGUCCAGUUACCUUACUGAAGUUGUGAACUUGGGUCAAAUUUCUCUUUUCAGUAAUCCCAGGGAUGGAACUCAAGAUCUCAUUUCCCUGUGAUAAUCCUCCGCUGGCCGCCAUUGUUGCUGCGAAAAUCUCUGGAGUUGCUUUCUCUCCCGAUGCAACCCUCAGCUCUUGUUCUCCUCCCGUGAUGGUUUUACCCAAUGGAUCAACGUUGAGAGGAACUUUUGUUCUCUUAAGGUAUAUUGGUCGUAUAUCAAGCAUUCCUAAAUUCUACAGUCGGGAUCCAAUAGAGUCUGCCCAGAUAGAUGAAUGGCUAGACUAUGUCCCUGCUUUUGCAUCUGGCUCUGAAUUUCAGGGAGCUUGUGGUUAUGUGGACCAAUUUCUGCUGCAACAUACAUUUUUAGUUGGGAAUAAUCUUUCAAUUGCAGAUAUUGCUGUCUGGUCUUCCCUUGCAGGAGCUGCACAGAGAUGGGAAAGCCUCAGAAGGUCAAAGAAAUACCAAAAUCUAGUGAGAUGGUUCAAUUCAAUACUUGUAGCAUAUGAGGAUGUUCUAGGUGAAUUGCUUGCAACAUAUACUGGGAAAAAGAGCUCAGUGAAAACAGCAACCAAAGUGAAUGAGCAUCAAAUCCUAAACGCCAAUCCUGCCAAUGCUACAUCUGAGGUAGAUCUUCCGUAUGCUAAGGUUGGUGAGGUACGAUUGCGGUUUGCACCUGAGCCUAGUGGAUUUCUUCAUAUAGGCCACUCUAAAGCUGCACUUCUAAACCAGUAUUUUUCUGAGCGGUAUAAAGGUGAACUCAUUUUGCGCUUUGAUGAUACUAAUCCAGACAAAGAGAGUAAUGAGUUUGUGGAUAAUCUGUUGAAAGAUAUUCAGACUCUGGGAAUUAAAUACAAAACGGUAACAUACACAUCAGACUACUUUCCUCAGCUACUGGAGAUGGCUGAAAAAUUGAUAAAAGAGGGGAAGGCAUAUGUUGAUGAUACACCACGAGAUCAGAUGAAGGUGGAAAGAAGGAAUGGUAUAGAAUCAAAACAUAGGAACAACACUGUUGAUGAGAACUUGAAAUCAUGGAAAGAAAUGAUUGUUGGUUCUGAAAGGGGUAAGAUGUGUUGUCUUAGAGGAAAGCUAAAUAUGCAGGAUCAUAACAAGUCACUUAGAGAUCCGGUAUACUACCGCUGCAAUGACACUGCACAUCAUAGGAUUGGCUCUACAUAUAAACUUUACCCAACUUAUGACUUUGCUUGCCCUUUUGUUGAUGCUAUUGAAGGAAUCACUCAUGCACUUAGGUCUAGUGAGUACCAUGAUCGCAAUGAUCAGUACUACCAGAUACAAACUGACAUGGGGUUCCAAAAAGUUCAUAUAUAUGAGUUCAGUCGGCUGAAUUUGGUCUAUACACUUCUUAGUAAGCGGAAGCUGCUUUGGUUUGUUAAAAAUGGAUUGGUUGAGGGAUGGGAUGAUCCACGUUUUCCAACCGUUCAAGGAAUAGUCCGCAGAGGGUUGAAGAUUGAGGCUUUGAUACAGUUCAUUCUUGAACAAGGAGCUUCAAAAAACCUGAAUCUCAUGGAGUGGGAUAAGCUCUGGGCUAUUAAUAAGAAGAUCAUUGAUCCUGUAUGUCCCAGGCAUACUGCUGUUAUAGAAGAAAGACGUGUCAUAUUUACUUUGAGUAAUGGCCCUGAGGAUCCAUUUACGCGCACCAUACCAAAACACAAGAAAUAUGAAGCUGCUGGGACAAAAGUGACUACUUAUACGAAGAGGGUUUGGAUUGACUUUGCUGAUGCACAGUUGAUUUCCGCCAAUGAAGAAGUCACUUUAAUGGAUUGGGGUAAUUCCAUUGUGAAGAGUAUAGAAAAAGAUGAGCAAGGGAAUGUGAUAAGUUUGACUGGGGUGUUGCAUCUUGAAGGCUCUGUCAAGACUACUAAGUUGAAGCUCACCUGGCUCCCUGAUACAGAUAAACUUCUGAAGCUCUCUUUGGUUGAUUUUGACUACAUCAUCACCAAAAAGAAGCUCGAGGAAAAUGAAGAUUUCAUUGACGUUGUGAACCCAUGCACGAAAAAGGAGACUUGCGCAUUUGGGGAUUCAAACAUGAGUGACUUGAAGAAAGGGGAUAUAUUGCAGCUGGAGAGAAAAGGCUACUUUAGAUGUGAUGUUCCCUUUGUCAGUCCUACACAGCCCAUUGUUCUCUUCGCCAUACCUGAUGGGAAAGCUCAGCCUGUAAUGAGGUUUGCAGCUUCAAAUGGGAAACCGUAAUGAAUCCUGAGGGUGCGAAGAAAGGAGAGAGUUAACUUCUAGCUUGAAUAUCCACCAUUACUAAAUGAUAUAUCAUCUACGCUAUUAUUUGUUGGUUCUGUCAUUGCUUUGACUUGAAUCUUGCGAGUUGUGCCCAAAAAAAGAAGUUUUUGAAAGAACAGAAAGGAAAUUAGGAUUAAGAUUUGAUUGCAGAGACGCUACUGAAAAAGGAUUGGCACGUUUGGCUGGGUAGUGUUGCGAAAAGAACCACAUCAUGUCUUUCUUUAAAAGUUGAUGCAUUAAAAUGGAAAACAGCCAUAUCAUGUUGUUCUUUAAGAAUUGAUGCAUUAAAAUGGAGCACUAUAGGGCUAUAAGUCUAUAACACAUUAUUAUUUUGAAAGAACUCUAAAAUAGCACCAAUAUUGUUAUUUGGUACUCAAA